AUGGUGGGUAACAAGUCUGAGUACUUCGGCAAGCUGAAGAGCCUGCUCGAGGAGUACAAGUCCGUCUUCAUUGUCACGUCCCGACUUGGUCUCGAGUCGACGGGGGGACAAACACAACUCGCACAUGGGCUCACGCGCGAUCGCUCCAGCGUCGACAAUGUCUCCUCGCAGCAGAUGCACGAGGUCCGCCAGUCCCUCCGUGGCGAGGCCGUCGUCCUGAUGGGCAAGAACACCAUGGUCCGCCGUGCCCUCCGUGGCUUCAUCGCCGACACCCCCGAGUACGAGCGCCUCCUGCCCCACGUCAAGGGCAACAUCGGUUUCGUCUUCACCAACGGUGACCUGAAGGACAUCCGUGACAAGAUCCUGGCCAACAAGGUCGCCGCCCCCGCCCGUGCCGGUGCCCUGGCCCCCGCCGACGUCUGGAUCCCCGCCGGAAACACCGGCAUGGAGCCCGGCAAGACCUCUUUCUUCCAGGCCCUCGGUGUCCCCACCAAGAUCGCCCGUGGUACCAUUGAAAUCACCACCGACCUGAAGCUCGUCGAGGCCAACAGCAAGGUCGGCCCCUCCGAGGCCACCCUGCUCAACAUGCUGAACAUCUCGCCCUUCACCUACGGUCUGGGCGUCGCUCAGGUCUACGACCAGGGCAACACCUUCCCUCCCCACGUCCUGGACAUCGGCGAGGAGCAGCUGCUCAAGACCUUCUCCAGCGCCAUCACCGCCAUUGCCUCCAUCUCGCUGGCCAUCAACUUCCCCACCCUGCCCUCGGUCAUCCACUCCGUCGUCAACGGCUACAAGAAGGUCCUGGCCGUCGCCAUCGAGACCGAGAUCACCUGGCCCGAGAUUGAGGAGCUCAAGGACCGUAUCGCCAACCCUGACGCCUACGCCUCCGCCGCUCCCGUCGCCGCCGCCGCCGGUGGUGCCGCUGAGGAGAAGCCCGCCGAGGAGAAGGCUGCCUCUGACGACGAGCAGUCCGACGACGACAUGGGCUUCGGUCUCUUUGACUAA